UGCAAGAAAGAUAUAAAAGGGAAUUGCCUUUAGCCGUUUUCGGUAGAAAUUUUAUUUCUUUGGCAUAGAUGACAUAGUGGGUAUCUGUAGUGGAGGCUGGUUUUUCAUUCUUUAUUCCUAGCCAUCUUUUUUUUUUUUUUUUAAAGCUCAAAUGCCAACAGCCUACCAACAUUCCUAUUUUCUCAACUUUUAAUUGUAAGGGUUCUCAUCGUUCUAAUAAAACAAGCCCACCAGUGACUGUUUUUGAAGUCUGUUUUUAUACUUGUGGAAACAGUUUACUCAGCCCAUUGUUCUGUAAGAAUACAUUUUCAUGGUAUCUCAAACACGGUCAACAGCUUGCUUUUCUUACUUCCCCCCUUCCCACGACGAGAUCCUGUUUGCUUUUAAGUUUUAAUCAGUCGGGGUUUGUCUUGCAGGUGCUCCCAAAAAGGACAAACAUGCCUGGGAUCAGCUCGACCGACCGGGGGAGUCAAAGGGGCGGGCGCCUGAGGGGGCGGGGCUUCCGCUCCUCCAGAUACAACAGCAGCGGCUACCAGCCGAGACAGCGGGGCCGCUCCUUCAGCCUACACACCCCAGCAGAUCAUGGGAGGGAUCCCAAAGGAGGAGAUUCUGCUUCCAGAAAUGCUAAAUAAAGCCGGCUACAUCUGUAAGAUCAUUGCUAAAUGCAGCAAAGAAGAAACCCCAAACAUCCCAGUGUACAACAACUCUGAAAUGGUGGGAAGGUAUUAUGAAGACUUCAUGAUUAAUAGGAAAACAGGGGAAUCUAAUCUUACACAGCUCCAUCUAGAGGAAACUCUCAGCUAUAUUAGGAGACAGGCCGCCUCCCAUCAACGAUUCUUCAUAUACGGGAUACAGAGACGCACUGAUGGAAAUUAACCACAGCGUGGGGCUCAUUCUGAAGGAGCUGCAAACCCAGGGAAUCGCAGAAAACACCUUUGUGUUUUUCACAUCAGAUAAUGGUGCUGCCCUGAUGUCGGGCCCUUUGCGAGAUAUCCACAAAUCCCUUGAGUGUGUGUGUGUGACUCUGUAGUGGGAAUGGUGUAGUAUGGUUUAAACACAUUUUUUACACGUGAAAGGUGUUUUUUCCCUGGAAAUAUCAGCCCUGCAGGUGUUUUUAGUAGCAUGAGACAGAUGUUGGUUCAAGCAGGGUUCAAAGGUUAGGAUGUGUGGGUCCCUAAAUUACUGUUAUAUACUGUUAUAAACGCUGAAACACUGACCUGUAAUCGAUCCAUAUUCUCAUAAUGAAGUGCAUGCUGACUGGAGCUGUAGAAAGCAAAUGUGAAUAUUAUAAUUAUGUGAUGAGUGUGUAAAGCAUUUACAGUCGUCUUGGUAUGUUUUAGCAAAAGGUUUGUUUUCUGAUUUUUCACUGACAUGUAAGGAUCACAUAUACAGUAUAUAACAAAGACAAGACAAAGCAUUUUUAGUAUAGUACAGAUUAUGAUAACUACUAUGAACAAAUCACUAAUUCCAAGUUUACUGUACUGUGAUUUAAGACUCUAGGUGAGCCUCUAAGAGCUUUUAGUCCAUAUUGUAUUGUACUUCAAGCUAGUUUAAAUAAUUCUACAGGGUCUCCAAAAAGAAUUAUAAACACCCCUCUCUAGUCCUUAUUGUAAGCACCACCUACCAACAAUUAUUAUAUACCUUCUUGCAUAUUUCAAAUAAUGGUACUACCGCCAUUUACACCUAUGCCAGGCUGGUGUCUAAUGCAAAAAUCAGCAUAUGCAGCUUCCCCCAAAUGGGAACAUUAAGAGAUACAAUGUACCAUAUGGGGGCCCACAUUACCCAGAGAUAAAAUUGUACAAAUCCAAACUCAUUUGAUCGUUGAAGACAUGGAAAAAGAGUUGUUUGUCUUUGAAUUGAUUAAGUUUUCAAAGUAUCCCUAAAUAGACAUUAGUCAAAUAUAUGUAAGAUUUUAAUAAGAAAGUUUUGCAGUGAGUCCCCAAAAAGUCCCCAAAAGGGGGGAUAUAGGGGGUCUUCCAUGAAAAAGUUUGAAACUGUUGGGUCUCGAGACUCGAAUGGCAUCCCACCACGGGCCACCCAGAAGAACAGCCAGUCACACCUGUCCUACUGGAACCCUUUCAAGUCAAAAGGGUUUUUUAUUUCUGAUGAUUUUUUUUUUUUUUUUAUCCACUAAGCCAGUACAUUCUGCAAAUUACUUUUAAUUGUAUUAUCAGUAGCCCUCACACCAGCUUGCACUGUAGGAGGAUUUUCCAGGUCUGGGUGCCUCACUGAGUCAGUGGGUGAAUUAAGCCCUACCCCCAGGCAGAUAUCUCUCGGGUGUGCUCGGAGCUGAUAGCAAUUUAGAAUUGGA